AUCCGAAUACCAAAUUACUCGAAAACUGGCGAGUUAUUUUGUUUGCUCACCCAUGAUUCCCUAGUUAAAAGGAAGUAUUUUAAACAUUUACAAAUACCAGGGAUGCAGUCGACAUCACCGCCGCCGCCACCACCCUACGCCUCAAAGCAUACAAUAAUCGCGGCGCCUCCAGCUGUAUCAAAUCGAUCGCCUCUCUCCCCCACCGCUGGCAAAGUCCUCUCCCCUGACCCCACUUCUCCAGGUCAUCGUGUUUCCACUGCACUCAACAUCACCUUCUCAUCCCCACCGCCCACGGAGGCUAAUCGACGAGAUGUGUUUAUUGGAGAUUCAAAUACUAGGCGAUAUACUGUUCAGAGAGUCACGAAUCAGCUACCGGUCUCCUCUUCUCAAGUUAAUAGUAGUGGUGGAAGUAGUAGUAGUAACAGUAGUGGCUUUAAUAGCGCAACUUCGGGAAGUAAUCCGCCAGCUGAUUGGAAGCACGGUAUCUGCGCUGAGUGUGGUGGAAGGAUUACUAAUGUUGCGACGGCUUGCCAAGCUCUCGGAUGCUUUUACCAUGAUAAAUGCUUCGUCUGCUGUUGCUGUCGUGAGUUUUUCUUUUUAUUUUCAUACUUUCCACUCUUUUUGAAUGUUUGUCAUUAUUUAACUAUUAUAAUUCUAUAUGAUUAG